ACCCAGGAAGACCCAGGAAAUCAGCAGCUCCACAUAGCAGGGAGGCCCGGUAACGCUCCACAGGGACAGCGUGGAUCUGCCCAGAGGACAGCAGAGGGGAACCCAGGACAGGAGCCCCUGUGUGAGCCCACACCGCCCAAAAGUGGGCACAUCAUGCCAGAGCGGUGCAAAGAGGGGGCAGGAACCAAAGCAUGGAAGUAUCGAAGGGGCCGGGCCCACGGCGGAGAAAUGGCGAGUACGGAGAAGCAGAAUGGGUGUGGAGUGGCCGCAGAGACCACCCAGCCCCAGGGACCGGGCCGGGGGGCGGCCAGGUGGGGUCCGCAACACGCCGGCGCCCAGGAACUGGCCAGCCUGUAUUCGCCAGGCAAAAGAUGUCAAGAAUGGCUAAGCGUCAUCCUCUGCUUCUCUCUCAUGGCCUUCAACUUCAUUCACCUGCUUGCCAAUUUCCAUUUUGGACACUUUUGGUCCAUCCUGUUGGGCAUCGUGGCAGGAAUACUCACCGCCGACUUUGCCUCGGGACUGGUCCACUGGGGGGCCGAUACGUGGGGGUCGGUGGAUCUGCCCAUCUUUGGAAAGGCCUUUAUACGGCCUUUCAGAGAGCACCACAUCGACCCGACAGCCAUCACCCGUCACGACUUCAUCGAGACCAAUGGUGACAACUGCAUGCUGACCAUCAUCCCCCUCGCAAACAUGGCCUUCAACUUUCUCACCCUCCCCCCUGCGGAGGUCUACCGUAACUACCCCUGGUACUGCUACCUGUUCGCACUGGCCAUCUUCGUGACUCUCACCAACCAGAUCCACAAGUGGUCGCACACUUACUUCGGCCUCCCCCGCUGGGUGGUGUUCCUGCAGGACUGCCACGUCAUCCUUCCCCGCAAGCACCACCGCAUCCACCACGUCUCGCCCCAUGAGACCUACUUCUGCAUCACCACAGGUUGGCUGAACUACCCUCUGGAGAAGCUGGGUUUCUGGAGGACCUUGGAGGAUCUCAUCCAGGGCAUGACGGGAGAGAAGCCCAGAGCGGACGACCUGAAAUGGGCUAAAAAAGUGAAGUAACACUGCAGGCUAACUUCACCCUACCUCAGAAGAUUCUGGCUCUGCCUGGUCUUCUCGUCCUAUUUUUCUCUUUUUUUUUUUUCCUCUUUUGUCUCACCUAAGCUGUAACCCACAGGAUAAAGGAAAAACUAACAGUCUCUGAUGCCAUAGCUUUAAGUCUUGCACAUUUUUCUUUAUUUGUUUUUGUCGGGGGAAUGUUUUUUGCGACUCGUUAUUAAUGGAGAUGAGGUUUCCAGAUUGCAAUAUAUCCGUCGUAUUUCUAACACAACUGAACACUUCUUAAGGAUUUUGCUAAUGCAUCCGCAAUCACUUUAAAACAAAGAUUGGAAAGAGCACUUAGAAGAACCAGCGCUGGCCUUUUAUUUUAUUUUAUUUUUUUCCCCCCUCCUCCAGGACACAACUAUUAAGAGACUGUCGUUCAUGUCAUGCUCAGUUCUGUUUUUUUUCUUUUUCUGUGGAUCAGGAUUCCAGUCUUUCUUCUAAAGGGUGUACUUAAUAUAGAAGUGAUGAGAUCGUAUUUAGGCCAGGAAUAAUCAUAGUCAUUUAUAGGGAUGCUCUACCAGCACCGAUAGCUCAAGAUCAAACAGAUUGAUAACUGUUACAUUUUUUUACUGUAAUUACACAUCUGGGGACAGCUCAGCCCCCUUUGCAUACCUUUUCUAUAAGGCAAGCCAUCAGAAGACCAGUUGAAAUGUGAGAUUAGUUUUUUUUUUUUUUUUGUUCCUCAAAAUGAACAAAUCCCCCUCUUGGUUUCUAAAACUCAGCCGUCCAUAACAGUUUUAAUCAUGCUUUACUCAAACCACAACGGUUAAAAAAAAAGUCCUGUCCUGAAUGGAUGAAUAAAUGAUAUACAUGGAUCCUUUUCGUCCCAUUUGCCAGCAUCGACGCCUGGCGUUAGCUUAGAGCGUCUGGGUGAAUCCACCCUCACAUUGCGGUUCCCGGGCGGUCCCCUCAGGCCAUCCGGGCCUCCUCUGUUCGGAGCACUCACGGAGUUCCACUAGACUUGCAGUUUUGCAGUGAAAAGAGGCUCUGCUGUCUCGUCGAGCUGCCUUACGCGCCGCAGAUGCAGUGCCUGUGUGUCUGGUUUUGGUUUUGCAGUGGUUUUUCUGUCUCUCUUGGCCUUGUGUCUCCUCUGAUCACACACAGGUGCUGAAACGCUAUGUGCCGGCCGUGUGUAAACAUUGCUAAUUUCUUCACUUAUGAGCAGUCUUUUUGAUGAUUUAAGGGCUUCGGUAAAAGCUGAUGAUGAAGGAACUUCUGUUAAUCUACGAUUGGGGUUAACUGGCUAAAGGCUGUUUUUUUGUUGUCAUUGUUAAAUGCUUUAGUAAGUCAUUUGUAAAUGUAUUGUACAGCUAGUAACUAUGCAGUGUAAUAAGAAGUCCUUAAAUCUAAAUAUAUGUCUUAACUCAUCUGGUUAGGUUAAAUGCCUUUCUUUUUCUAAUAGUUUACGCAUACACACCGAAUUUGAAAACUGUCGCCGAAAAGCGAGCCGCUUGAUUAACUGCAUGUUAGAAUUCUCUUCACUAACUAAGAUGUCACUUGCGGGAGACGUAAGAAUGCGUGCAUGCCUAAAGCUUGUGCGAGCCACACCCACGCACCGGGUCACCCGCCUCUCUGAGCACAAAGCAGGCGCACAGAAAGGGGAGCUGGCCGCGCCCCACCCAAACCUUUUCUUGACCAAAUGGUCCUUGGUUUGAACCACCAAAAUGCUAUCUUCAUUCCAAAGGAAUCCUGGCAUCGUUUUUUUUUUUUUCCGGGUCAAAACGGAGGGAAACUGGCCUCGCCGUCCAGCUGGCCUAGUCAGGUUAAAGGCUUCUGGUGUUUUAAAGCAGGCGGUGCGACGAUGGGAGCCAAAGGCCAGCUUUAUGUCCUGUCAGUGUCUCGUUUUUUAAUUUUAUUUUAAUCCUUUAUACUUGAUCACGUUCAAUUCUUCACCAUAGGUCGACAGCAGGACUACACUGCACAUGGCUUAGUGCUUGUAGAUUGUGGUGAGAGGCAGUUUUGUGCGCGCUUGUUGGUUGUAAUAUAAGCAGGUAAACACCCUGUGGGGGUGGGGUCUUCUCAUGUAGCUCUAAUUGAUUAUUAUUAGGGAAAGUGUUGUUUAGGUACAUCUGAAAAAAAGAAAGAUGGAAUUUUGAUCUUUGCUCUGCUAAACUUUCUUUUGAUGCAUCAGUAAAUUUAUUAGCAUUGAAUCUUUGACAGAAAAUUAAUAUUUUCAAGGAUACUUUGUGUUUUCUGAUCAGCGAUAUGGAAAAAUAGCCGUAAGAUAAUAGUAGAAAACGCUUGACGGGAUGCACGUGAAUUAGUUAGAUUCAUUGGUAAAACUGGCAACUUUGCAUCAAAGAUAUUAGAGCAUAGAGAACCCAAAUCACAUUACCUCUCAUUUGGUUAUAGACUUGCUUUAAGUGCUUUUUACGGGUUUGUGGUGGUUUCUCUGGUUACAAAUAAACAUAUAUUCUAUGUGAUCUGGGAAUGGAAUCAAACGAUUCAAAUAGUUUAUUGAGAAUUUGCGGGGUAAAACGCUCCAUAUAUACGGUUAUAGAUAUUUUUAUUUAGCUUUUUUUUUUUUAAUUCAAGAAUUUUCUUACGUAAUCAAACGGCCACAUCCGAUGCAGUAAGUCAGUUGUCCUAGGCGUCAUCAGUUGUACUGCGAGCAUAGAUCUGUACGGUUAAGCCUUUGCCCCCGCGUUACUACGGUGUAGAAUUUGUGACUUGAGCUGUGUUGAGCUUUUCUGCUUUGAUACACUGAGCUUUCAUUGGUGGAUAUAAACGCUAUUUAGUGGUUGUGAGGAGUGACCUGAACGUUUCCCCACAUGUCUAUGAAGACAAGUGAUCAUGUAAACAAGUGGGUGGGCAGUAGUUUUGGCAUGUUUUAAGGCUAAAAUUUGCUCUUGUGAUGAUCUUAAACUUUAACUUAAACUUCGAUUAUACUGCCUUAUGCUUCCCUUGUUGAUUUACAGCAAAUCGUGCCAAAAGUGUAGAAAAACAGCUUAUUGACUGACUUAAAAAUUGCCCUUCAUGUGACCCACAUGGAUGUUGUUACUGGUAAUGUAGGCUGGUGGUGAUGGAGUUUAGAUAUCUGAAUAAUACCUUGAUGCCUUUUUGUUGCCUUUCAUGUGGGAGGCUUACAAUGUAUAUAUUAAACUGUAUUUAUAAAUAAACUAAUAAGUCACCUUG